AUGGGGAAUUUUGCCCUAAUAUUGAUUUUGUUGGGGGCUUUCGCGGGAGCAAGCCAAGGUUGGAGUCAUUUGAAAAAGUCUCAAAACUCGACAGAGACUUCGCUAAACUUCGAUGUCACAAAGUUCGGAGCCAUUGGCGAUGGAAAGACAUAUGACACCAGAGCCUUUCAGUCAGCAUGGAAUGCAGCUUGUGCAAAAGAAGUAGAUAGUGUGCAGAUAACAGUGCCUCCAGGUAAAACCUUCUUGAUUUAUGCACUCAAAUUUGAAGGCCCAUGCAAAUCCUCCUCCAUUACUUUUCAGAUAUUAGGACAUAUUAUUGCUCCUCCAAAAUCAGCAUGGAGAAAAAAAGAAACACAGUGGCUCAAUUUUCUCGGCAUUGACGGGCUCACGGUCGAUGGAAAUCGAGUAGGCCUAAUCGACGGCUUAGGACAAACGUGGUGGGAUAAAGUGAAAGGGAGCUCAUCACGACCAACGGCAAUGCGAUUUUCGCGGUGCAACAAACUCCAAAUCAGAGGAUUGAAAUACAUCAACAGCCAAAAGAACCACAUAUCGAUAAACGAGUGCGACUAUGCAAGAAUCUCGGGUCUCGACAUUAGAGCUCCUCAGACAAGCCCCAACACGGAUGGAAUCGACAUAAGCGCCUCAACAAACCUCGACAUUCACGAUUGUGUCAUGGCAACCGGGGAUGACUGCAUUGCCAUUAACGGUGGCACUUCGGAUGUUCGAAUAAAAAACAUAGCAUGCGGUCCGGGACAUGGAAUAAGUAUCGGGAGUUUAGGGAAAGGCGGACUUCACGAAGAAGUACAGAGAAUAAACAUAUCUAACUGCAUUUUUACAAGAACACAAAAUGGUGUGAGGAUCAAGACAUGGCAGGGUGGUUCGGGAUUCGCCAAGAAUAUUGUUUUCUCAGACAUAACCUUCAUAGAGGCAAAUAACCCGGUUAUCAUCGACCAAUUCUACUGCCCUCACUUGAAAUGCAGCAAGAAAGCAUCAGCUGUCCAGGUCAGCGACGUGACAUUCUCAGGGCUACACGGGACAUCGUCAUGCAAAAAUGCGACAGUUAACUUGAGUUGUAGUGAGACAGUUCCUUGCAAUAAUAUCGUACUUGAUGAUGUCGAUAUAGAGUCAGCUUCCGAGCAAAACUCGGCAUCUGCGCAUUGCGUUAAUGCUCACGGGCGGGCAAAUACUCAGAGCCCAAUCGUCAAUUGUCUGAAAAAAAACUUUAAAAGAUAUUAG